AUGAGGAGCACCCGCACCAUCAUGGAGAGGAAUAAUCAAACCAUUGCAUUCUUCAAUGACAGUGAUUAUUUAAAUGCAAUCGAAGCAUCGGCUUUGGCAUUGUCUUCUCUGCGAGAAGCAUCCGCAGUCGAUCCCACUGAAUCAUCACCGGACGAGGAGGGAUCAAGAACAUCCAACACGGAUGGAUCCUCGCACAGCAAUGCACCAUCAGGCAGUGACCGUUUGGACCAAUGCAUGCUUCUUCCGGCAGCAGUCCAGAACGACUUUAAAACAUUACUCCACAGCACUAACUUUAUCUACGAUAACGCCAUUCAGAUUCCCCCAUCCCUCGAGGUGGAUACACAUAUACUUGGCGCGAUUGUUAUUUUCAAUGCGGCUCUGGCACAUCAUCUUGCAUCCGAAUCGCAAGAGACCCCCACGCCUCCCGAAGCCCUUCACAAAGCGCAACGCUUAUACCGCCUGUCUUACCAACUUUAUGGUGGCGGUAAGAGCCUUUUGUUUCAAUUUGCAGUCCUCAACAACUUGGGCGUUGUGGAACGAAGACUUGGAAAUACUUCCAUUUCCAAUCAGUACUUUGACUAUUUGGCGUCUUUGGUGGAACAGUUUGAGAACAAGCAGCAGCACCAGGAACAAGGAUAG